UCCUAUCCAUGGUUUCUGAUCUGAUUGUUCUGUCACUGUAGCUAUAAAUGAAGUUUACUAUUGCUAGGAAAGUGUAAAAAAUUGAAUUCGCAUUUGUACAGGAUCUAUGAUGCACUGUUUGAUAAUUGUUAUGUUAUAUCAACAAGAACAUUUUCAUAAAUGUUAAGAUUAAAAAAAGAUUAAGUUAUUUUAAUAACUCUACAAUGGCUAUGAACGUUACUGAUUUGUGUAGAUUAUGUGCUAAGAAAGUUUUCGACGACUUCUCUAAAGAUCUUUUGGAUGAAAGCAAUAGAAAUGUUUUGAAAUUAAUACAAGAUUUUGUACAAAUAAUGAUUUAUGACAGUGACAACAUGCCUACUAAAAUUUGCCUGAAUUGUGAAGAGAAAUUGGUUUCAUUCCAACUAUUUAUUCUUGAAUGUUAUAAAGUGCAAGAAAAUCUUAAAAGGCUUCAUGAAGAAAAUUUAAACAGUGCUACGGAUAUUAAAAUAGAAAACACAAAAUACAUUGAUUUUGCAGUGCCAAUAAAAUCAGAGGUCAAAGAUGAAGUGUCUGCAGAAGAUUUUGUUAGUGCAUUAAAUAAUCAACAAUCAUUAUCUGAGAUAGAUUUGUAUACUGAUGCUCAUGAUGAUCAUAUUGACGACGAUGCACAAAAUGAUGAUGAUAUUCAGCAGGAUGACAAUGUGGACAAUGACUAUGAUGAAGAUGAUGAGAAUGAUGAUGAUGAUGAAGAUAAUGAGAAUGAUGAUGAUGAGCUAUUAGAAGAUGUUGCUAUAGCAACAUUAAAAUCUAGAAAAUAUAAACGUAUUAAGAGAAAGGAAAUUACUGAACAAGAAGCAGAGGAAUUCAAUCAAAUCCUAAGAAAAGCUAAUUUGUCAGUGAAAGAUUUAAUUAAAUUGGAAUGUAAUUUCUGUUCAGAAAAACAAAAGUCAUGGAGUAAUUUACGUUUACAUUAUGCAGUAAAACAUAAGAGUAAACCAUUUGCAUUCUGCUUAUGUGGUUUUGUUGUGAGGUCUAAAAGUGUUCUAUAUAAACAUGUGACUGAUCACAAGCUAGAAAGUCGAAAAGUGCUUAAGAAUAAUCCUGACCUGGCAACUGAAAAACAGGAUAUGAAAGGUUACAAUUUAAAUGUGAAAGAUUUUAUAAGGUUUAUAUGUCCCAACUGUGAUAAGGAAUGUUCAAGCUGGUAUACGUUGAAGGCUCAUAGUGAAAGAAUUCAUAAAGUACCACCAGUAGUAUCUUGUAUGUGUGGUAUCAUCCUGAAAUCCAAGUCAGUCAUGUACAAACAUGUACAGGACCAUAGAAAUCCUAAUGUAUUGGCAUGCGAUAAAUGUCCGCGCAUUUCGAAAAACCUGUCCGCCUUAAAUAAACAUAAGAUGAGGCAUAUACCAAAAUCUGAAAGGAAGUUUUGCUGUUCAUCAUGUGAUAAAAUAUUUACAUCUAGGGAUGCUUUAAAAUCACACGAAAGAUCUCACAUACCUAUAGAAGAACGUAAAAUAUAUCAUUGUGAAAUUUGCAAUAUGAAGUUUACAACUCGUUCAUCGGCGGCGUCGCACAAGCGCGUAGUGCACGACAAGAUCAAAGGCUACGUGUGCGACCUCUGCGGGUACGCGUGCGGGACCAACGGCGAGCUGCGACAGCAUCGAGCCAUACACAGUGAUGAGAAACCGUUCGGCUGCAGGAAGUGUCCCAAACAAUUUAAGACCUAUUCAAAUUUGAAGACGCAUAUGGAUACUCACGAGGACACUUCGUACGAGUGUUACAUCUGUCGGCGGGUGUUGAACAGCCGCCGAACCCUUCGUAAACAUCUGCUGGUGCACGAAGAUAAGUGCAGACAUGUCUGUUCUUACUGCAACAAGGCAUUCAAAAGGAGGCAGACAUUGAAGGUGCACAUGUACACGCACACGGGCGACAAGCCGCUGUCGUGCAAGUGGUGUGACGAGCGCUUCUCGUACGCGUCCACGCUGCGCUCGCACCGCCUGCGCUGCCACCCCGACAAGAUGACGCACGCGCACGACUCUUUCACCAAUUACGGACAGAUUGCUCUGCAACAGGAUUACAUCAAGAACGACGUGCCAGCCGUGAACAUUCCAGUUGCGAAAAACGAAGUCGAGGCUAUAUAGAGUUAAGUGAUGUACAAUUGUUACGUACGCGUACGCAGUCUGAUGUAUAGGUAGCUAUUUGAUCAGGUAGCUAUAGUUAAUGUAUAACUUCUAUUAUAUAGAUACAGUGUAGCUAUUAUAUGAUAUUAAAUUUAUA